CGUGCUGCGCCAACCAAAACCGGAAGUCGCAGACACGAAGAAGAAGAAGCUAUCAUGCUUUAGCAGAGUUAGUUGGGAAACUUCGUCCUGAACUUUAAGAUAACCGUGCGCUCAGUGGCAUAUUUAGCGUCCUGUUAAUCGGUAAACGUAUUUAUUUUCGGAAACAGCUGUUUUAUUGUAUUUAAAAUAUAAUUUUAUUUGUUACGGCGCGAAGAGAUGAGCUCAGUCAGAGAUGAAGGUAAAGACAAAAUUAUAUUUGUCACCAAAGAAGAUCAUAAAAGCCCCAGCAAUGCAGAGCUUGUAGAGGAAGACCCCGACGACCCCUAUGAAGAGCAAGGUCUAAUUCUUCCCAGCGGUGAGAUAAACUGGAAUUGCCCCUGCCUGGGUGGGAUGGCCAGCGGUCCCUGUGGGACUGAAUUUAAAGAAGCUUUUUCCUGCUUCCACUACAGUCAAGAGGAAGUGAAGGGCUCUGACUGCCUGGAGCAGUUCAGGGGGAUGCAGGAGUGUCUGCAGCGCUACCCUGAGCUCUACCCACAAGAAGAUUCAUCACCGAGCCAGACCUCACAGGAUUCUGCUUCUGCAGAACCAUCAAGUCCAAACCAAAUGCCAGGCAAUAAGCAGAACCCUGACACCACACCACCAAACACAGAGACCUCAGAGGAGAGCUAAUAAAGGGUUUAUUCUGAGACACUCAAGACUCGUCCUUCACAUUUCACAUUCAGUCAUCUUUUUUUAUGAAUCAAUAGAAAAAUAUCUUUUUUUUACGGUGUUUCUUCUGUAGUUCUCCAGUAUUAAAAGCUAUAACAACUUCUGUGUAUUGGUGUAAAGGUGUCUGAAAUUAUAUGUUACUGUCGAGUGAAGAGGAAAUCGGGUAAAACUAAUGACACGAGCUGGUUUUUAAAACCUGAAGCCAUUUGAGUGGAUGCACAAAAAAGGAAGACUAAGCUGUUAUCAUGAAAGUAAAAUACAAAUUCAUUUUAUAUUUUUUUAGUCUGACUUUUCUGCUAAACAGGAUACAAUUCAUGUAAUUCGCCGAACACAAACAUCUG